AAUAAUUGCCCACCCGUGGCUUAGGCAACCUACUUCUCCAACAUGGGCCUCAAUUUCCCCCCUUUACAUAGCAUGACUAGUUCUUUCCACCAGGCAGGGUGGCCUUGCAAGGCCAUGUUAAUGACUGCUUGUGACAUCCACUGGGGCCUCUGGACAUCAAGUGCUAUGUAGAGGAAAGGGUAGAUUUGGAUGUCAGGAGCUGUGGCCAGGUGCAAUAUUCUGUUCUGUUCUCUUCCCUGCCACCAGUUGGCACAGAGCAGCAGCAGGAGACUGCUGCACAGUUCUGGGCAGCCUGCUGGGAAUGAUGAAAGCUUCUCAGCCAGUGAGAGGGUCACAUUUGCCAGAUCUGUCAUGCAGUGUCACACAUCCUUAGGGCAACCACAGUGCAGCUUUUAAGGGAAGGCAGCCAUGCCUUCAUCUGCAGUGCAGAGCAGCUUUCCCUGCCCCAGUGCUAGCCUCCACCACAUGGACCUUCCUCUUCGCACCUCCUUUCUCAAGAGAACAGCAUUGCUCAUCUGCCUUGUUCUAGAGCAUCUCUUUCUCAGUUCAUUUUUCCCCUCUCCCCUGACAGAAAGCUCUCCCCAGGGCCCAGUUUCCCCCUGUUCAGAACAUUGGUAUCUUGUGGGCAUGGUGCUGGGCUGACACUCAGGACCCUUGGCUUGUAUUCUUGGCUCUGUUGCUGACUUGUUGAGUGGCCUUAGGCAAGUCACUUCCCUACCCUGAGCCUCAGUUUCUCCAUCUCUGCCAUGGUGAUAUUGAUGCCAACUCCCUUUGUGAAGCAUUUUGAUGCUUAUGGAGGAAAAGGAUUUAUAGAAUAACUAAGCUGUCUCCUUUGCUUUUUUCCCUGAGCCACCACCAGGCCCUGUAUUUUGCUUGAAGUAUUUGAUACAAAGGGGUAGGAAAAUCCUGUCUUCCUUUGCAAACAGGAGGUGUCCAGCCCUGCACUGUGAAAGCAGAUAAGCUACUCUGAGCAGCCUGCCCAGGAAACCAGCUUAGCUGCACUGCUUCUAAAAAAAAAUCCAGUUUGCCAAAAGGCACCUCCAUCUCCUAUAUAAUUGACAGAUUUAUCACGAGGCAUGUGUACCCUGGAGCUGCUGUUCCCAUGGGUGCUGCCCACCUGAUGGCCCUGUUCCCACCCCAUCCCUGCCAGUCUAGGUUUCCAGUGGAUAUAAAGGAGCUGGAGUUUCUCUUGCCCCUGUCAACUCAUUGUCCUUGGUACUAGCAUGGCUCUCCUGUGGCUGCUCUCCUGCCUGACACUGGCAAGUGCUGCUCAUGGAUGUGGCAUUCCAGCCAUCCAUCCCAUCAUCAGUGGCUACACCCGGAUUGUAAACGGUGAGGAAGCAAUUCCUGGAUCCUGGCCUUGGCAGGCCUCCCUGCAGGAGAAGAGUGGCUGGCACUUCUGUGGAGGGUCCCUGGUCGGGGAGGACUGGGUGGUGACAGCUGCACACUGUGGUGUGACGACAUCCAAUGUGGUGGUGCUUGGGGAACAUGACCGCGGCUCCAGUACAGAGCAGGUACAGAAACUGGCUGUCAAAAAGGUCUUCACCCACCCGAAGUGGAACCCCCAAACCAUCGACUAUGACAUCGCUCUCAUCAAGCUGGCCACUCCUGCUAAACUCAGCAGGACAGUCUCCCCUGUGUGCCUGGGAGAAACCAGGGAUCACUUCUAUAGUGGCGAGCUCUGCGUUACCACAGGAUGGGGCAAGACCCGGUACAACGCUUUCCUCACCCCCAACAAGCUACAGCAGACAGCACUACCCCUGCUGAGCAACCUUCAGUGUGAAGAGUACUGGGGCAACCAGAUCACAAACCAGAUGAUCUGUGCUGGUGCAGCUGGCUCCUCUUCCUGCAUGGGUGAUUCUGGUGGCCCGCUUGUAUGCCCGAAGAAUGGAGCCUGGUACCUGGUGGGGAUUGUGUCCUGGGGCAGUAGCAAGUGCUCCACCACCAUACCAGCAGUCUACGCCCGCGUGACUGAGUUCCAUGAAUGGAUUGCCCUGACCAUGGCGAGUAACUGAGCUGGCUUUACUGGGUCUGAGCCAAUAAAAGUGCUCUUUAGCUUCAGUCUCAA